UUGCUCUGAUGCCAAGGCUGGAAUGCAGUAGCACGAACCACUACUUACUGCAGCCUCCACCUGCCAGGCUCAAGCAGUCCUCCCACUUCAGCCUCCUGAGUAGCUGGGACUACAGGCACACACCACCAUGCCUGGCUAAUUUUUGUAUUUUUAGUAGAGAUGGGAUUUCCCCAUGUUGCCCAGGCUGGCCUCGAACUCCUGGCCUCAGGUGAUCUGCCCGCCUCGGCCUUCCAAAGUGCUGGGAUUGCAGGUGGGAGCUACCGCACCUGGGCACUCAACUUUUCAAUGUGAUGUUCCUCUGGCCUGGGUUCUCCUCUGUGUCCACUGUGCCCCAUUGAGCUCACCUGUACCCCAUGUGCAGACAGUUCCCAAAUGUUUCUGUGUCAAGACACAUUUAACUAUAAGUCAAAGAAAACCCUUCCUCACCCAACAGGAACAUUAGGAAGCUUUGUUAUCCCACACGUGGAGAAGUCCUAAAGAGGCAGCUCCAGGAGUGUUAAUUCAGUGACUCAAAGACAUCAUCGGGGCUCAGGUUUCUCCAUCUUUCCAUUGAACCUGCCUUGACAUGUCAGCCUCAUGUGGUUGCACAGUGAUGUCUGCAGUUCUGCUUCAUACAUAGAAAGGACAGUGUCCGGGGAAGAGAAAGAAAAGGCCUGCUUCUUCCUUCCCUGGAUUCCAUGACUCGGAGCUGAUGGCCUCCAUGACGAGGAAGUUGUGGGACUUGGAGCAGCAGGUGAAGGCCCAGACUGAUGAGAUACUGUCCAAGGUGGGGCCCCAGGAUCAGAAGAUAGCGGCCCUGGAGGACCUAGUGCAGACCCUCCAGCAGCACCCGGCCGAGGUGACCCUGCAGCGGCAGGAGGAACUGGAGUCGAUGUGUGUGCAGCUGCAACAGCAGGUCGGGGAGAUGGAGCGGUUCCUCAGCGACUAUGGCCUGCAGUGGGUGGGUGAGCCCAUGGACCAGGAGGACUCAGAGAACAAGACAGUCUCAGAGGAUGGCGAGAGGGACUGGAUGACGGCCAGGAAGUUCUGGAAGCCAGGGGACUCACUGGCACCCCCUGAGGUGGACUUUGACAGGCUGCUGGCCAGCCUGAAGGAUCUUAGUGAGCUGGUGGUAGAGGGUGACACCCAGGUGACACCAGUGCCUGGUGGGGCGCGGCUUCGUACCCUGGAGCCCAUCCCGCUGAAGCUCUACCGGAAUGGUAUCAUGAUGUUCGACGGGCCCUUCCAGCCCUUCUGUGAUCCCUCCACACAGCGCUGCCUCCGAGACAUACUGGAUGGCUUCUUUCCCUCAGAGCUCCAGCGACUGUACCCCAAUGGGGUCCCCUUUAAGGUGAGUGACUUGCGCAGUCAGGUCUACUUGGAGGAUAGUCUGGAUCCCUUCCCAGGCGAGGGCCAUGUGGUGGACCGGCAGCGGAUGCGCAAGGCCUUGGACAGGGUGGAGGAGCACCCAGGCUCCAGGAUGACUGCUGAGAAAUUUCUGAACAAGCUUCCCAAGUGUGUGAUCUGGCAAGGCGAGGUGAUUGACAUCCGGGGCUCCAUCAGGGAUACCUUGCAGAACUGCUACCCAUUGCCUGCCCGGAUCCAGGAGAUAGUGGUGGAGACGCCCACCUUGGCCGCUGAGCGAGAAAGGAGCCAGGAGUCGCCCAACACGCCGGCACCCCCGCUCUCCAUGCUGCGCAUCAAAUCUGAAAAUGGGGAACAGGUCUUCCUACUGAUGAUGCAGCCUGACAACACCAUCGGGGACGUGCGAGCCCUGCUAUCGCAGGCCAGGGCCAUGGAUGCCUCUGCCUUUGAGAUCUUCAGCACAUUCCCGCCCACCCUCUACCAGGACGAUGCACUCACGCUGCAGGCUGCAGGCCUUGUGCCCAAAGCAGCACUGCUGCUGCGGUCACGCCAAGCCCCGAAGUCCAGCCUGAACUUCAGUUCUGGUCCCAGCCCCCGGCCCGGCCCCAGUCCUGGCCCCAGCCCCAAAUAAAGCACCGCCCCCUCAA